AGAACGCCACCCGUUAUUGCCACGCCAAUGGAACCUGGGAUCAAUAUACCAACUAUGAUGCCUGUAUGCAUUUAACAGAACCUGCCACCGUUUCGGAAUUUGAACCGAUAAUCGAAUUGCCAACAAUAAUCUAUUAUGUGGGCUAUACCAUAUCACUGGUGUCGCUAACCUUGGCCCUGAUGGUUUUUGCCUACUUCAAGGAACUACGUUGCUUACGCAACUCCAUACAUGCGAAUUUAUUCUUUACCUACAUCAUGUCUGGUUUACUCUGGAUACUUACACUUUCUGUACAGAUUUCCCUGCAUACCGGCAUGGCGGGCUGUAUUGUCCUGGUGACAUUAUUUCAUUUCUUUACGCUGACAAAUUUCUUUUGGAUGUUGGUAGAAGGGUUAUAUCUCUACAUUCUGGUGGUGAAAACAUUUUCCGGUGAUAAUACACGAUUUACGGUCUAUGCCACCAUUGGCUGGGGAGGUCCUGCUGUUUUUGUUGUUAUUUGGGCGAUAGCCAAAGGCCUGACAAUGUCAUCUGCCACAAAUGACCAGAUUGAAAUAGAAGGCUGUCCAUGGAUGCAGGAAACCUAUGUCGAUUGGAUAUUCCAAGGACCGGUGUGUUCGGUUUUAAUAAUUAAUUUAAUAUUUCUGCUACGAAUAAUGUGGGUGUUGAUAACCAAACUACGUUCCGCCAAUACCCUGGAAACCCGCCAAUACCGCAAAGCUGCCAAGGCACUGCUGGUUUUAAUCCCUCUCUUUGGCAUUACCUAUUUGGUGGUAUUGGCCGGUCCCUCGGAGGGCGGUGUCAUGAGUCACAUGUUUGCCAUUGUGCGGGCUGUGCUGCUGAGCACUCAGGGGUUUUCGGUUUCAUUGUUCUAUUGUUUUCUUAAUUCGGAGGUACGCAACGCCUUGCGGCAUCACAUCUCAACCUGGCAGGAUGAACGCAAUAUACGCCUGAAUCAAUCCAGAAGGUAUGUUUCCAAAGGCUUUUCCAAAGAUACUUCACCGCGUACCGAGUGCACCAGGCCACUGACAGCCUACUAUGGGAAGGGUAAACGGGAGUCGUGUGUUUCAUCGACCACCACCACUACAAUAAUUGGUCAACAUCAUUCAAUGUCGCUGCAGCGUGGAAUGGUUGGAUGUGGUGCCAUCGGAGGAGGUGGCGGCGGCGGAUCAAAUGGAGCUUUGCAUAUGAUGCCAACAGCCACCACAUUAACGCUGAUGCCCAGGGCUGUGAGUCCUUUGAUGAAG